AUGAUGGAAAGCGAGCAGAGCCAGGUGCUGAAUAUUGAGCGGGUGCAGGAGCUGGAAACCUGGCUGAGAACGACCGAUACAAAGUUAACUCAAGUUAACGGCCAGAGGAAGUAUGGAGGACCCCCUGAGGUGUGGGAGGGCCCCACCCCAGGAGCCCGCUGCGAGGUCUUCAUCAGCCAGAUCCCGCGGGAUGCCUACGAGGAUCUGUUGAUCCCCCUGUUCAGCACCGUGGGGCCCCUGUGGGAGUUCCGGCUCAUGAUGAACUUCAGCGGGCAGAACCGCGGUUUUGCUUAUGCCAAAUACGGCUUGCCAGCUGUGGCCACCAGUGCCAUCCGCCUGCUGCACGGUCACAUGCUGGAGCCGGGCUUCCGCCUCAGUGUCCGCCGCAGCACAGAGAAGAGACACCUCUGUAUGGGAGGCCUGCCCAUCACCACCAGGCAAGAGGACCUAGUGCAGGUGCUGCGUGCACUGACAGAAGGGGUGGAUAGAGUGUCCCUGAAGGCUGGGCCUGGUAUAGAGGGGGUGUCUGCUACAGUCGCCUUUUCAUCCCACCAUGCUGCCUCUAUGGCCAAGAAGGUGCUAGUGGAAGCAUUCAAGAAGCAGUUUGCACUGACUGUCUCAGUCAAGUGGCAGACAACAGUGAAGCCGAGCCUGGACGAGCCACUGCCUGCACAGAAAUCAGCCCAAAAGCCCCCGCACCGCAUCGUCAACUCUCCACAGCCCUCUGUCCUGCCUCCUCGCCUGCUCCGCCCUCCAUCCAUCCCCCCGGGUUUCUGCAGAGCAGUGGGAGGACCCACUGUCCCCCAGCAACCUCCUCCUCCUCCUCCCAGCUCCUCCACCACCUCCUCUUCCUCCCAGGGGCAUCUAGUGUCUGCUGCAUCAUCAGCAUCCCCCGUGAUGCUGCUGCGUAAGCUGUGUGAGGCGACUGGGUUUGGCCGGCCACUCUAUGAGAUGUACUGCAGCCAUACUGGGUAUGAUGGAUUCCUCUACUUUACCUACAAGGUGUGUAUCCCCGGGAUAACCAUGGCUUUCGAAGGGGUGGUUAUGAUAUUGCCAGGACCCACUGCCACCACCACGCUGGAGGAAGCUCAGCAUGCUGCGGCCCAGCAGGUCCUGCAGAGGGUCUACAAUAACCAGCUCGUCCACUAA